CUGGAUUAAAGCUAAAUGAAAGGAAGGCUGCUGAUUUUUCCCCUCCUGCAGGCCCGGGUGGAGCGGAUGGAGCAGUUCCAGAAGGAGAAGGAGGAGCUGGACAAAGGCUGCAGGGAGUGCAAGAGGAAACUCGCCGAGUGCCAGAAGAAAAUGAAGGAGCUGGAAGUGGCUGAGGCGGGGAGCAGCAGAGGGGAGCUGGAGGGGGGGGAGCUGGAGAAGCGCCAGGCUGAGGCUCAGCAGCUGAAAAACGAGGAGAAGAGCUGGGAGAACAAGCUGGAGGAGCUGAGGAAGAAGGAGAAGAACAUGCCCUGGAACGUGGACACGCUCAGCAAGGACGGCUUCAGCAAGAGCGUGUUCAACGUGAAACCCGAGGAGAAGGAGGAGACGGAGGAGCAGAAGGAGAAGAAACACAAAACCUUCGUGGAGAGAUACGAGAAGCAGAUUAAACACUUUGGGAUGCUGAGGCGUUGGGAUGACAGCCAGAAGUACCUGUCAGACAACCCUCACCUGGUGUGUGAGGAGACAGCCAAUUACCUGGUGAUCUGGUGCAUCGACCUGGAGGUGG